GGCUGGUCAGCAGCUCCAUGUCAAACUACCAGCGAACAUGUUUGCACUGUUCAGGAACAUUAAUUUAACUCGCACUGUCACUCCUUCGUCUUUCAGAGGAACGAAAGCAGACAUUUUCUCUCCUGGUACAGGGAAAGCUUUAAUUUUGUGCAGCGAUAGUCGAAGUUUGUGCAGAAGUCUUACCCGAGAGUGUUCAGGGAGCCGCUUCAAUGUUCCUCCGAGCGCCGAGUUUGUUGCGAGGGUGUCGGGGAUCCCCACCAUGGCCAAGUUACCCUACCAGGAGACAGCAGACGGGCUCGAUGCGGCGUUUAUCGGCGUCCCUAUAGACACCGGGACCUCCAACAGACCUGGAGCAAGGUUUGGCCCCAGGCAGAUCAGAACCGAGUCUGCAUUGCUGAGAGCGUAUAACAGCGGCACCAGAGCAGCACCGUACGAGUCUGUCAUGGUGGCAGACAUCGGGGACGUCAAUGUGAAUGUUUACGACCUGAAAGACACCUGUAAACGCAUCAGAGAGGCCUACAGGAAGAUCCUGGCCACUGGAUGUAUCCCUCUCACCAUGGGUGGUGAUCACACUAUUGCAUAUCCAAUCCUGCAGGCUGUUGCUGAGAAGCACGGCCCGGUGGGUCUGAUCCAUGUGGACGCUCAUGCAGACACCAGUGAUGUGGUCUUGGGGGAGAAGAUCGGACACGGGACUCCAUUCAGACGUUGUGUUGAGGAGGGACUGCUCGACUGUAAGAGAGUGGUCCAGAUCGGCCUGCGGGGUACAGGAUACUCUCCUGAUUCAUAUGAAUGGAGCCGGGCACAGGGUUUCCGUGUGGUACAAGUGGAGGAGUGCUGGUUCAAAUCUCUGGCUCCUCUCAUGGCUGAGGUCAGGACUCAGAUGGGCAGCGGCCCAGUUUAUCUCAGUUUCGACAUCGAUGCUCUUGACCCUGGAUUUGCCCCUGGAACGGGCACACCAGAGAUAGCAGGCCUUACUCCCAUACAGGGGGUCGAGAUUAUCCGAGGCUGCCGUGGUCUAAACCUUGUUGGAUGUGAUCUUGUGGAGGUGUCCCCACCCUAUGACACCACAGGGAACACUGCACUGACAGGUGCCAACCUCCUGUUUGAGAUGUUGUGUGUCCUCCCGAAAACAAAAUAUUACUGAUGGAUAUAAUGAUGCAGAACUGAACCAGGAGCAUGCCCACCCUGUUUAGGAAGCUGUCCUGCAGAUUACACCUGUAAGGAAGAGAGAUACAGCUGAUUUAAUCAGUUAAGCAAAAGUUUGCAACCAUUUCAAGGUUAAAUUAAUGACUAAAGACGAAUGGUAACCUGCAACAGUAAAAGAAAAAUUACUAGAUUUUAUGACAUGAGA